CCGUAUCAACCAAUGCCUACGUCACAGUAUUUUCAAGACGACAGCGCCGUCCUUGAACAGCGUUCGCGAGGCUUCAACGCUCUUGCCGACUUGAGGUGGCUUUCUGGCUUUCUUGGGUCGAGGCAUGACAAUCGCAAACUGAUAAAUCCUACAGGAAAAUGCUCCCAGAAGAGAAUAGUCUUGUCGAUAGGCGAGAAUGGGUGUACGGAUACUGGUUCAAAGUCAAGCAUAUGCGACGACUUGCAGAGAGACGCAAGCUUGAUUGGCAGAAACAUGGUUCCAAUAUGGUCGACAAAUUUGUGACCUCGCUCAUACUUUCGACUGGCGUCUUCUUUAGUGCACAUUCUGCACUAUACAAGGGUCAACCUGCAUUGAUCCUCGCUUUUGCCAAUGACGACGACAGACGGAGGUUGGACCGCGUCGAGUUUUCCGAGUCACAGAUAGACAAGAUAAGAAGGAAGAUUGGUCUCCCAGCUGGGACGAAGCCGAGAUGGUAUGAACUUGACGGAAGGGGAUAUGAUUCAAACGAAGAAGUCGAAAGUGAUGAUGAGAAGCUACCUGACAAACUUCUUUCCUUGCUCAACCUCUAUGCAAGUAGUCGAGCUACUCUUGCAAUUUUUCUGCCGAGAAGCGACAACAACCCAACGAUAAUACUUGUCAAAUGCAAAUUACUUGGAAUCGCCUGGUUCGGUCCAUAUGCAUAUGGUACACUUGAGGCCAAGGAGCAAGGUGGCUCUUUCGGCGGUUUACACUGGUGA